AUGGCCUCGUCGUCCUUCCGCGACAGCAUGAACAGCCUGGGCUGGUCGCGCCGAGAACAAACAGCCAAUACCAAUCCCCAAAACCCGCUGCUGGGCACACUCUCGAAGCUCAACCCUUUCAGCGGCGAGGGCUAUGUCAGGCUGCCUACAACAGAGGGCGAAGGCCCUGGUGCCCCACUGCCCGCCAGGACACGAAGAGAAGAGGAAGAAGGGUGGUUUGCGCUAAGUCGAUGGGACCGUCUACUAUUAUUUGGUGGCUUGAACCUCGCUGCCAUUGCUCUCUUCGUCGUCUGCUUCACGCUUCUGCCUAUACUAAGCCUGAGACCACGCAAGUUUGCGAUACUAUGGUCUAUGGCGUCGGCGCUCUUUCUGGGCUCAUGGGCCGUCAUGAUGGGUCCUUUACAAUAUGUACGCCAUCUGGUGUCCCAAGAACGCCUGCCCUUUACAGCAACCUACUUUGGCAGCAUUGCGCUCACAUUGUACUUUGCGGUCGGACUUCGCAGCACUAUUUUGACGCUAUUGACAUCGAUAGUCCAGCUUGUCGCACUGGUCUGGUACCUCGUGAGUUACUUCCCUAUGGGCUCGCAGGGUCUGCGGUUUGCGGCAAGCUUUGGUGGGAGUCGCCUUUCGGCAUGGAUGGGUGGAUAA